AUGCGUGCGGCCUUUGUGAGUACCGCCCCCACGCAAGCCCGGGACUACCGGCCGGCACUGGCUGCCGCCGCGCAAUACACCUACGAUCCGGCCAACGAAGUGGACGUCGAACUCGUCCUGGCCGUCGACAUCUCACAAUCCAUGGAUACUGAAGAGCAGGAAAUUCAGCGCGCCGGUUACGUUUCGGCCCUGACUUCGAGGGAAUUUCUCGACGCAAUCCAGGUUGGCCCGAUCGGCCGUGUCGCCGUCACCUACAUGGAAUGGGGCGGUGUCGACGAACAUUUCAUCGUCGCCAAUUGGACAAUCGUUCAGGACGCCGCGUCUGCGUCCCAUUUCGCUUCCAAAAUCGCCGAAGCUCCGCUGCGCCAGGUGCAGCGCACAUCGAUUGCAUCCGCCCUGCAGAAAUCGGUCGAACUGGUUGAGAACAACAAGUACAUGGGCCUGCGGCGCGUGAUCGACAUAUCCGGCGACGGGCCGAACAACCAGGGAGGCUCGGUUACGGAAAUGCGCGACCGGAUGAUUGCCUCGGGCGUGACCAUAAACGGGCUUCCCCUGAUGAUGAAGUCGAACAAGAACACCUGGCAGGCGAUGCUCAAUCUUGAUCACUACUACGAGGAUUGCGUGAUCGGUGGACGCGUCCUGGAUGCCUGCCCGGAACUCUCCCUCACCCGCCUCAAGAGCGGGCCGCUGGGUGGCGACCAGCAGAUCGGCGCCCUGAUCGCGGAGGGAAAGCUGCAGGGGCUGAUCUUUUUCGCUGAUCCCAUGUCACCCCUGCCGCACGAUGUAGAUGUCAAAGCCUUGAUGCGCCUUGCAAUCGUUUACGAUAUUCCGAUGGCGCUGAACGUAUCCACUGCGGAAAUACUCCUGCGGUCCGCGCGAUUGAAGGGGCUUGGUACAACGUCAGAUACGCCCGAGGUUGUCCUGCCCGAAACUGAAAUCAAACCCAGAACAGCGAUCAUAGCUGUUGCCGGGCCGGUUACGGGCGAUGCAAUACCGCUCACCAACGCUGCCUGGGUUAUCGAACCCCUGAAGAUGAUCGCCGACCUCGGGCUGGAUGAGGUCAUUGUCUUGAAUGACUUCGAAGCGCAAGCGCUCGCUUUGCCAGGCUACAGCGGCACGGAUGUCGAACAGGUCGGAAAGGGCGCCGUUCGCAAAGACAGCGCGAAAUUCGUGCUGGGGCCGGGAACCGGUCUUGGGGCGGCAGCCAUGAUCUUUGCGUCCGAUACCUGGGUUCCGGUACCUGGCGAAGGCGGUCAUGUGGAACUUGGCCCCGUGACCCGGGAAGACAUGGAUAUCUGGCCGCAUAUCGAGCAGGUCGGCGGACGCAUAGGCGCUGAACAACUCCUCAGUGGAACAGGACUGCCCCGUCUUGCGCGGGCCGUCGCAGUCUGGAUGAAUGCCGAGCGCCGGUUCGAGACACCGGCAAGUAUCACCCAGGCUGCGGACGACAACGACCCGAUUGCCGUGAAGACACUGGAAGUGUUUGCACGAUGCCUCGGUCGCGUGGCAGGCGACUUCGCAUUGACCGUUCUUGCCCGGGGCGGAGUUUAUCUCACCGGCGGCAUAACGCCGAGGAUCACACGUUUCCUGACCGAUGACGGUUUCCGGGCCGCCUUCGAGGCGAAAGCACCCCAUGAGACCCUCAUGGCCAAAAUCCCGACUUUCAUCGUCCGACACCCGGAUCCGGCCCUGGAAGGUCUUGCCUCCUUUGCCCGGUCGCCAGACACCUUUGCGGUUGACAUGCACGGGCGCCAGUGGACGUCCGGCCGCGUCGCCGCGACGGGCUGA